CUGGAGGAUCACGAAGAAAGAAUUUCAGUUUUUAAAGAGGAGGAGGAGUGUAAGGGAGUGACUGCUGCUAUUAAAGUUGAGGAUUUGAAUGAUUUCUCGAUUGGUCUUGAACUUCAAAAGCAUGAAACUGAGGAUAUUUUCAAACAAGAUGCCUGUGAAGAAUCUCCAUCCAGUUUACAGCCCUGGUCCACUAAUACGAGACAACUGGCUGCGCAGGAGAAUUCUGCAGAGCUGAAAUCAGAGUUAUCGGAGUAUGAAGAGAAAAUGACCGAGGGAAAUGGGAGAGAAGGAGAAGAGUCACCUGGAAGUGUUGGAAUAAAUUUACAGAAAAAUGGCAGCUUCUUUCCACCUUUAUUUGGUCAGCCCUCUUCUCAAUACAAUGAGAAAGGUAUGAAGAAAUCAGGAAGAGGAUCAGAGAUCCUGACAGCAGACUUUUUGCAGUGCAGUUCUCUCUCUGCUAUUGGAGUAACACAGACAGAAGACAUCAAAACUGAUCGACAGCAAGUGGAGAAAGAAAUCCAAAUUCACACUGGAAAAAAAUGUGUGGAAUGUGGCAAACAAUUCACACACAAAAGUGAUCUUAGUAGGCAUAUGAAGAUUCACACUGGAGAAAAACCUCAUUGCUUCUGUGUAAGAACGACUUGCCACAUUCUGAACAGCAAUCUCCAGAACCACAGAAGAAGUAAAACAGGAGAAAAACCUCAUUGUUGUCCAGAAUGUGGUAAGUCGUUCCUAAGGAGAAGCUGUCUUCAGAGGUUCCGUAAAGAUGACAGAUUUAGAAGUUAUAGUCGCCAUCUGCUGGUGAGGCCUGUAAUACACAGCGGGUUUGUCAGCCUGGGCAUUCAUUGGCUUCUUCACACAAACUGA